UCUCCGGAGGGAGCGCGCACGUACAAUGCAGCUGCCAGCGAGUCUAGAGUAUUAGUUCAUAACUCGGAUUUGCGACCUAUGCGCGACCCUUUCUGCACUGUACUAUAGUAAUAUCCAGUAAAGGUUUGAUUUUACAUUAACGUUACAUACGCAGGAUAUCUUCCAGUCAUCAUGGAAUGCGGUUUCACUUAGAAAAUCCCCCUUCUUGGUGGGUUCGCACAUUUUGUCUUGGCUCUCGGUGUUGGAUCCAUCCCCUUCGCGAUUUAGUGUUCGCAACCGAGCGCAAUGUGGGCCAGAAACGAUUUUGAGGAUGGAUUCGACGCGUAUAAAAUAGGUUCGAGCACGUCCUCUCCUGGAUGGGUACCAGGCUGUGACUCGGCAUGGCAAGCUUCCUCUUCCUCCGCUGGCAUUAGCAGCCGCGGGCGACGUCACAGCGCCGCCUCCGACAGUGGUGACACGGGCAUCGGAACCUCCUGUUCUGACAGCGUAGAAGAUCACUCCAGCUCCAGCGGCACGCUGUCCUUCCAACCCCUGCGUCCUCAAGGUUCCAUCCCCACGGCUCACGUCAUGCCAUCACCCUCAAGCUCCAAGCUCAGCGCACCCUCUGCCACCACCAGCCCCUGGAGCAGCUGCCAGCUCCCUUCUCCCCUCGACAGCCCCCUGGACAUGAAAGACCCCCGGCCGGUCCGUCGCUGGUCCUCGCUCACCCGCCUCACAGGACAAGAAAAGGCUACCCCUUCCGGGAGACCCUCAUAUCGCGUGGACCCGCACGGGUCAUUGGAUCGCGGCGUGCUGUACGGCUACCGUCAGGACGCCCUGUAUUCAGACAACUUCCUCUCCCAGAGCCUACAUAAGCUAUCCACCAACUCAGACUUUUCAAAUAAAUACGACCUGGGUAGCACUAACACCCUGGGUAAAACAGACUCGUCUUGUUCUUCUCCGCUCAAGCCCAGCACGUUAGACCUCACCUACAGUGCCUUACCGGAGAGCAAGACCCCCACCAUCGGCCUGGUGGGGCCCGGGCAGAGAAGUCCCUCACUCAGGCACCAGGCCGUGGGAGGAUCGCCCAUCCAGCCGGCCGUACGAACUCAGAUGUGGUUGAGCGAGCAGAUGGAGUACCGCCCAGGACCCGACGGAUGCGGGAUGGGCUCGUGGCAACAGGAACAGCAUCAAAGAGAGAGGUUGCGACAGGACGCAGAGCUCCCACAGACGCCGAGUGGAACGUCUUUGCCUGUCAAUACUCUAGUAAAAAUUAAAGAGGGACUCCUGAGGCAGAGAGAACUGGAAAUCGACCGACAAAAGCAACAAAUCCUUCAACUUCAUGCCAGGAUCAGGGAAAAUGAGUUACGGGCGCAACAAGUCCUCCAGAACCAGAGGGGGCGCUAUGAUGACUCAUAUCUGCUCAAAGCCAAGGACUCUCCGUACGACAGUCCCGUAUCCAGUCAAAGUCCAAAAUCUCAGCUGCCCGAGCGUGCGAGUCCGAUGUGUUGUGAGAACAGCGAGCUGGGCCGGAAAUUAGCCGCGGCGGAGCUGGAGGGCAUUCACCUCAGCGAGUUUCUCAAACAGAACACACAGAAGUACACAGAAGACAUCAAGAAACUGGAAGAGAAGAUGAAAACCCGCGACCGCUACAUCAGCAGUCUGAAGAAGAAAUGCCAGCGCGAGCAGGAGCAGAAUCAAGAGAAGCAACAACGCAUCGAGACGCUGGAGAAAUACCUGGCAGACCUUCCCUCGCUGGAUGAGGUCCAGACGCAGGCUCAGCAGUUGGAAGAGGUGCAGGGAAAGGCUGGAGCGUUGGAGGACACCAUCGCCCGGCUGGAAAAGAACCUGGAGGAGAACCGAGCCCGGCUGGAAGAGAAAGACGCCCUCAUAGAGACUCAAUCCAAGAGGGAGAAAGAGCUCAUGGCGGCUGUUCAGAGCCUCCAAGAAAAGGUGGAGAAGUGUUUGGAGGACGGCGUGCGGCUGCCCAUGCUGGACCUGAAGCAGCUGGAGAGAGAGAACACUCGCUUGCUAGAACAACAGAGCCAAAACAGCAUGCUAAUCGACAAUCAGAAGCAGCAGGUUGAGAAGCUCACUCUGGAGUUGACGUCGCUGGAGAAGAGGUUGCAGAGGGAGAGAGGGAUAACGCAAGAGCUCCGGAAACAGCUCGUGGUGCGCGAGGAGGAGCUGGAAAACCUCUCCACGAGCCUUCAGCAGGACCGAAGGCGGACAGACGAGGGUUCAUUGAACGUGGCUCCCGGGUCCUGUCUGAAGGAGGCUGGGCCGCUGUUGAAGGAGAUGUCUCUGUGUCUGCUGGAUCUCAAGGGUCUCUGUAGUGUUCUCACCCAAAGAGCUCAAGGAAAAGAACCCAACCUGGCGCUGCUUCUCGGCAUCAAAUCUAUGAGCAGCUCGGCAGAAGAGAACGAGAAGCCUCUCAUGGAGGACGGCCUGAGGACGAAACUGGUGGAGGUGUGUCAGCUGAGGAAAGACAUCGAUGAGCUGCGGACGGUGAUCUCGGACCGUUACGCGCAGGACAUGGGUGACAACUGUGUGACACAAUGAUGCUCGAUGUGAAGGCCGAUCUGUCUACAGCUCGUGAAGGGAAAUAAAAUCAACACGAUGAAAAGAACUUUUAAGACUACUAAAGGCUGGACUAAGCUGUGAAUCCAGUUUACAAGGAUGUGUUGUUUUCUUUUAUUUAUUCAUGCUGGAGACAUCAGUGGUCUUCAUAUUUAAGGUGGUGAGUUCCUCGCACUGUGUUUUUGAGUUUAGACCAGUGAUAAGAUUGGUCUGAAAGGGAAAGUGGAGCAUCGUAAAGUGCCUUGUGAUCGUCCUUCUGUGAACUGUGUACCUCCAAAUUUCGACGAGUCACAAACUUCAUUUUCCCCAAGAAGCUGGCGCAUCAUCUCCACAAGAGCUACAGGUCGCAGGUCGACGUUUUCAAGCCGGCCCUCUAGAUUGCAAAACCGUCCUCCAUUCCCAACAUUUUAUCAGAAUUUUGUGCAUCUGAAGUGUGUUUGCGUGCUUGUUUGGUACUUGCUUGUUUGUUUAGGUCAGGGUGAUGUGAACAAUUUGGUCUUCCAUAAAAACGAAAGCGUUUCAUGUAAAAAUAAAUGACGGCAGAGGAAAUCAGGUUAAUGUAUUCAGGACACCGUUUAACUAUUUUUAAUUAGACUGAAAUAUGAGGUUCUUUUUUAGUCUUUUAGAAAGCGGCACAGUUCAGAAGUUCCACGCGCUUAGAUCCAAAGUCAAAGACGGGAGAAUGUUCAGCAGAUGUUAAGUUUGUUUGAACACAUUUUCUAUAGUUUGGAUCAGAUAUAUUCCUUAUCGCAGAAUAUGUAAGAAAAUCAAUGCAAGACCUUUACACUCAGGUAUUUUGGUUAAUAUUUUGUUUUAGAAGGGAUUUUAACUUUGUGUGAGUUUUUUGUGUCCGUAAUUUCAUUUCGACCCCAAGAUGAAUUUGUAGUCCAUAAUGUAUGAAAUCCACCGGUCAUGUCAACGUUUGCACAAACUCUGAAUGCACCAGGGUGACGAAUGUCUGAUAUAUACAAGCAUCUAUAUUAAUUCUGAUUAUUUAUCUUGACUGUAAUGUUGUAUUUAUAAUAUAUUUAGCAUGUGGGUUUUGUCAUGCGCAUGUGCAUCAUUUUCUUUUCAGUGUAUUAAAAGCUAAAGGAGCAGAUAAAACCCAACUGUAUACUGGGCUAUGCAACUUCACAUUAACCAGCAUUGCACACUUUCACAGAUAUUGUAAUAAUCUGUGCUUUUAUGAAUCUAUGCAGCAGAACCACAGUGUGAAAUGUUCUUAUGGACGUUUCCAAAACUGUCACACAGAAGUGUCACAGGAUUUUAUUUCGUAAAGGUGCAGUUAGGCUAAGCCAUAUCCUCAAGCGACACAUUUAUUCUCAGGCAGCGAGCUGCUAAUAAUCUGACAGAGAACGUGUGUAGUACCCAUCAUUGUGCAUUACACGCUAGUGUAUCUGAUAGCAUGUGCUAAUGUAUAUGUUUGAAACGUUACAAAAAGGCAAGUGCAUCGAUUGACAUGACCGACUUACUGUGGACUGAAAGCCACUGGUUGGCUUUGCAGUAUGUAUAAAUUUCUCAUCCGUCUUUGGAUGUUUUUAAGCUUUUCAUUUUCCAGCUAGAUUUUACAAAUGCCAAAGUUCUAUUUAUGUACAAAUUCUCAAAGGUAUUAACUAUUUUUCCAUUUCGUAAAAUGCUUUUUCAUUUGUACAAAGGUCAAAUAAAGUAUUUU